AUGGUCGUCAUCCAUCCCGAGCCCGCGGCGCUCUCCGCAGAGGACCUGGAGCUGUUCUACACCACCGAUGAGCUGCUCUCCAACGCGCCGGUGCUCAUCUUCUACGGGCCGACGGCGACGUCCACACAGGCGACGCAUUCGCGCAUACAGGCCCAUGUCUUCACGCCCGCCGGUCUCCAGAACUUUGCCCGCCUCAUCAUAUCACCCACGGCCACCUUCUACGGCGCUGUCACAUGUCUCCCGCGGGAGGAACAGGGCGAUGAGAUAUGUCGCGGCCUUGCCUUCAGUCUGUACAAAUACUUUCUCGAGCUGCCCACGGACAUCAAGAACGCGUGGGAGAAGCGCCACGGCACGCUGGGCCACCUGCCAUCGGCGCCCGAGCUGUUCUCCGAGUCGCAUGCCGCUAUCCUCGCCGCCAAGAUGGUCAAGGUCGACAAUGUUGCAGACGUCAUCGUAGACGUCCGCCACGCCCUGGGAGAACAGACACUGUCGUGGGUGGAUCUCGACGUCGUCCUCCCACCGGGCAGCAUACACAAGCAGGAGGCUCGGGAAUCGGCCCAAUUCGACGAGGCGGAAGACGACCUUCUCGAACAACGCUACGGCCAAUAUGCGCCUGUCGUGAAGCUGUUUGGCGAGACUGCCUUCCUGCCCACCUCGAAGCUCCGCCGAGCACCCUCGAAGCCGACCGCCCUCAACCGAACGCAAUCCUUCUCGCGUAAUCAGAAAGAAACCCUCCGGCGCGAGAUGUGCGAGCUCCUGGACACCGAAGAGAACUACGUGAGCAAAGUGUACGAUCUGGUGCACAAUGUCGCAGUCGAAUUUCGCGACAAGGCAAAGCUCAAGUCGCACUCAAGUACGAGCCCCACCGAGCAGGCGCUGCAGGGCCUCUUUCCGCCAAGUCUUGACAGGAUUCUGGAAGUGAACACCAAGUUCUUGGAUACUUUGCGCGUUAUUCUGGAAGAGACAGAGAAUGGUGCAAUCGAAGACAUAGAGCAGGCCACAGACGACGUCUUCAUUGCCCCGUUGCGAGGACAAAAAGACCCCAUAGACGUCACUGGAGCUGCUGCAGUUGCAAAAGCCCUAGUUGAGUGGUUUCCGCAAUUUGGUGACUGCUACACUGACUACAUGGCUGCGCACGGCGACUUUUCACAGCUGCUGAAAGCCUUCACCAAAGACACAGCCUCAAGUUUUUCCAAGCGAGUCUACGAGACUGGUGAACAGCGACUGACAUCUAUGCUCAUCGAACCCGUGCAGCGACUCCCGCGCUACAACCUGUACAUCGACAAUAUCAUCAAGCAACUGCCUGUGCGGCAUCCCGCCAUCAAGACCUUUUUGAAGGCUAGGGACAUCAUUGCCGAUAUCUGCUCGCGAGAAGGACCGUCAGCACAGCAAAUCAGAGUCUUCGACCGCCUGCGCAAGAUGAUCUUGUCGUGGCCAGCGGCUUUUAACCCUCGAGGACGGCUCAUCACUGCCAUAGAUUAUGUCGAGCUAUCACCGCCUUAUCACGGCGAGCUUUCCGGGCCACACGCUACACCAGGCAUCUUUGUCCUAUUCACCGAUUUUCUGGUCUUGCUGCAUAAGCCCAGUGGCUGUACCACAAGUGCUCGCAGUCUCCUCGCAGAUCUUGACAAUCCCAAGUUUGCCGAGGCAUUCCACGCGUCUACGGAAUUGAUAUUCCAUCAAUACCUAGACCUAGCUAGUGUAUUUCUUAGCGAGCACUCCGAAGGUAGCAUGGUGCAGUUGCUAUCACCGGUACCUGUAUCACAACAUACGCAACGCCCACGCAGUCGAGACCGACAACAGCUUGGCAUCCGUAUGUUCUACCUGCAGGGUCUCUAUGAAGGCAAAGGACAGAAAGUCGUUGAGGAGUUCACCAAGGCCCGUGUUGAGGGCCGAUUCUCGGAAGUUGAACGAGAAAGCCCGAAAUGGGAGGUGCGUACUCUGCCUGGGGACAUCAGCUUGUUCUCGUCAAUAUCAGAACAGCCUCGAGAUUUAGAGGUGGAAGGAAGGAAAGAGCCGGCAAAGAUCCAGAUUCUUGUGGACGCCCAGCAAACAUCAACCCCCCUUCGAGUUGGUGUUAAUGGCAUCGAAAUAAUCGUCACACUAUCUGUCCUUGGAGAUGGCUUCUUCUUGUUGGACACCAAUGGCGUAAAUGGAUAUACGGCCAAGGACAAGCUGACAAGCCUUGAAUUUCUGCCUGUCUUGACGAAACGCCUCGCCAAUUUCUUCCACAUCCGGAACAGCAUCAAGAAUCCACCACUUCGGGACGGUGAUACCUCUCGUCCCGCCUCCUCCAAUAAGAAUGCAUCAUUCAACGCUGGCGCUCCGACCGACUCACUUGUCAGAUUGGAAGAAUCUCUGGCCAAUCUGACUUUGGCUUUGCACGCCCGUAAAGGCAACAUCGUAGGCCGAUCUGUCCGAGCGAGAGCUGUCGCGGAUGAGCUCAUGGUGAAUGAGCUGUACAAUUCAAUCCUAGAGAACCCUUCGAAUCUGGAUCUCGCUGCACAGUCAUCAGUCGACGUCCUUUUUGCUGUCUUCGAGAAAUUUCUGAACAUAGCGUGGAAAGAGAGAAUGGGCCCGGUGCUCUCCCAUGCCACGCUCGUAUCACUUCAGAUGCGCUCAGAUAGCAUGUAUCCUGGAGAAUUUGAGGACUUCUUCCGCACGACAGUCAACGAAUUUUCCCCACAGAAUCAACGGGCUCUACGAGCCGUCAUUCAGCUGCUUGCCGAACUGCUUGACGGCACGAGCAAUGACGGCGAUCGAGGCAUUCUCACAGCGGCAUUUGCCGAGAUGAUUGUACCAGCUGGAAACGCCAACGAUUUCAUCUCACUGAUGGACCGCCUGGUACAAGACAUUGAAGCACUUUUCGCGAUCCAACCGCCUGGUCUUAACACCCCCAAUUACGGAUCCAUUGACUCAAAAGGCCGUUCGAUCGCCGGCUCGAUUAAUUCAAAUACGUCAUUGAGGAAGCGCUUUGGCUUCGGAACCUUGACCAGGGAAAACAGCAAAUCUGAAAGCGAGUCUAAAGUGGGUUCGCUGUGGCGCUCCUUGAAUGCUGGUCGUAUUUCGCCAAAGCGUCCCUCAUCUCGCGACCGCCCUACCGUACUUGGCGCUUUCAACUUCGAGAACGGGGCGCCUGCUGGCAACGGUCGGUCGUUCGUGGGUGCUCUUGGAACUAUUGGCGAGGUACCGCUCACUUCUGGGCCUCCCCGCAAAAAACGACGCUCUUCUUUGAGUGAUCUCAAGACGCUCCAAGAUGCUGACGAUGUACCUACAUGGUCUCCACAGACUCCUCGUCGACCGGAUUCUGUGUCUCGCGACACUAGGCAGUCGAAAAACUCACCCGGUAAUGUACUCGACCGUGCCGGGACUGCUCAACCAAAGUCAAUCAUCGCCAAGCCUGAUGCCAAGGACGAAGUUACCGUGAAGGCUUACAACCCGAUCAAAAAACGAAGUGAACGAGGACAGUCCGUCUCUGGCAUUCCCAGCCUCAAGUCAUCUGUCAGCAACACGGGACUUUCAGAGCGCCCUGGGUCUGGAAACACCGUCAAACUGCCUCCGUCUAGUCGCAGUUCAACCAAGACUGGAGGACCUUCGGCCAGUCCACCAAAGAGACUUCGUAUGCAGUCACCUCAGAAGCUGCGUGAGAGACUUCAGAAUCAACAACGUGACAUCGACAGUGCAUCUCAAGAUCUGCAGAAUGAGCUUAGCGCCAUUGGGCAUGAGCUAAACGCUAGAAGCAUUCCACGUCUGACUACCCAGAGCUCAGCGCCUCUUCUGAACUCCAGUCCUACCAAGCCCACAUCGCUUGAGUCGCGCAUAGCAUUGAUCGAGAAGCAAUUGAAGACGACUCUUGAAGGCCUAUCGACACGCACAUCAUCCAUUGCUCAAGACGUUAGCUCCUCUCUACAAGUUUCGGAGUCGCGUGCCAAGCAUCUGGAUCAGCUGUACCGCGAUAUGAAUGCUGAGAAUGAAGCGUUGUACGCGCGGUUCAACGAGGAAUUGGAAAAAGCAACGAGCAGCGCGCGCAAGGGAAAGGCAGACGAGGAGGUGCAACGACGACUUAAGGCAAGCGAAGAGGAAGCAGCGCGUCUAAGGAAAGAGAAUGCUCGACUGAAGAGAGAGGUUGCGGGACUUAAGGCGCAGAUCAGGGAGUGA